AAGUGGAGUACUACUCUUACAUGGCAAGUUUUCACAAAGUUUGAACGAAAUGUAUUUUUGCUCGACCAUGUUCCAAGGGAACCAGCUAAAGCUUCCAAGGUUUCCAUGUUAACCAAGUGGAGUACUACUCUUACAUGGCAAGUUUUCACAAAGUUUGAACGAAAUGUAUUUUUGCUCCACCAUGUUCCAAGAGACACAGCUAAAGCUUCCAAGGUUUCCAUGUUACCAUUAGCUGGCAGCAGGUUCUUAAUAAACAAGACUAAAUACAGAUAAACCAUAAGAAAAUUAUAUAUAAUUAUUAGGUCUCAACUAACUUAAUCCAUUGUCGUUUGAGAGAUAUUGCAUACAUCAAAAUAAAGGUUCCAACUUCCAAUUUCCAAUAGCCUUUCAGUAGGGUUGAAACUUGAAACAAUGUCAGCGACAAGAUUGAUGAUUUAUUACAGCUCAAAAUUUGGUUUUUCUGAUGGAACCAGCCAAGGGUUUGAAUCGUACCUUAAACCAAGAUGCAACUAUCAGCCACGUUCCAUAAUCAAGCAUGGAUUGUUGCCUCUUAGCAUCGGCCACAGCAAGACUCAAACGAAAAUCAAUACAAAGAAUAAGAUUAGAAUUUUCUGCAUCAACUCUGUUGAAUCUGGAGCUUCAAGUUCACCUGGUGCAUCUUCAAAUUCUUGGAAAAGCUGGAUUCUGGGAAUUUUAUUAUCAGCAGUGCUAUCGUUUUGGAAGCACAAAUGGGGACCCUUACUAGCAAUGAAAGAAAAGGUGGACAGAGUUGUGGAAACUGCUGAAUUGGUGGUGGAGGUGGUGGAGAAGGUGGCGGAGGAGGUGGAGAAAGUAGCAGAUGAAGUUGCUGAUACACUUCCGAAAAAUGGAAAGCUUAAGGAAGCAGUUUCUUUCAUUGAAACAAUAGCCAAAGAAACAGCCAAGGAUGCUCGUUUAGCAGAGGAGCUGAUUCAAAAGGUGGAGGAUGUGGAAAAGGAGGUAAUUGAAUCCUUGAUAGAACCUGUCAAAGGCCAAGUGGAUAAAGUGGUUGAAGAUCAUGACAACAAAGCUAAAUAGAAUUACAACUCGAUGUUGGCUCAAGUGAUAAAAAAUUUAUUUAUUUUUUAUUAUUUCAAGUUCGAAUCCAAAAAAAUUAUACUUAUUUAA